CCCUACCUGCGGCGGCCGUCGGGGGCGCGGAGCCCCCAGCGCUGCCGAGCCGCAUGAACAAUAGGCGGCGGCGGCUCCUGCGGGCGGCCGCCCCGCACCCUAUGGACCGGCCGCUCUAUGGAGUCCUCCAGAUCGCUUCUCGGCUGCCUGGCGAGCGCCGCUGCUGCCCCGCCGGGGGAGGAUGCCACGGGCACAGGAGCCGAGGAGGAGGAGGACGAGGAGGAGGCGGCGGCCGCCGAGCUGGGCUCCCACGCCGCGCUGCCCUACUGGACUGCUAUAUUCGAGUACGAGGCGGCGGGCGAGGACGAGCUGACCCUGCGGCUAGGAGAUGUGGUAGAGGUGCUGUCCAAGGACUCGCAGGUGUCCGGCGACGAGGGCUGGUGGACCGGACAGCUGAACCAGCGGGUGGGCAUCUUCCCCAGCAACUACGUGACUCCGCGCAGCGCCUUCUCCAGCCGCUGCCAGCCCGGCGCCGAGGACCCCAGUUGCUACCCGCCCAUUCAGCUAUUAGAGAUUGAUUUUGCGGAGCUAACCCUGGAGGAGAUCAUCGGCAUUGGGGGCUUUGGGAAAGUUUACCGUGCUUUCUGGGUAGGCGACGAGGUUGCUGUGAAAGCAGCUCGCCAUGACCCCGAUGAGGACAUCAGCCAGACCAUAGAGAAUGUUCGCCAAGAGGCCAAGCUCUUUGCCAUGCUGAAGCACCCGAACAUCAUUGCCCUCAGAGGGGUGUGCUUGAAGGAACCCAACCUCUGCUUGGUCAUGGAGUUUGCUCGUGGAGGGCCUUUGAACAGAGUGCUGUCUGGGAAGAGGAUUCCCCCAGAUAUCCUGGUGAACUGGGCUGUACAGAUUGCUAGAGGGAUGAACUACCUGCACGAUGAGGCAAUUGUCCCCAUCAUCCACCGAGACCUUAAGUCCAGCAACAUUCUGAUCCUGCAGAAAGUGGAGAAUGGAGAUCUGAGUAACAAGAUUCUGAAGAUAACUGACUUUGGGCUGGCUCGGGAAUGGCACCGGACCACCAAGAUGAGCGCGGCAGGGACAUACGCUUGGAUGGCACCCGAGGUCAUCCGUGCUUCCAUGUUUUCCAAAGGCAGUGACGUGUGGAGCUAUGGAGUGCUGCUUUGGGAACUGCUGACUGGCGAGGUGCCCUUUCGAGGCAUUGAUGGCUUAGCAGUGGCCUAUGGAGUGGCCAUGAAUAAACUUGCCCUUCCUAUCCCUUCUACAUGUCCAGAACCCUUUGCCAAACUCAUGGAAGACUGCUGGAAUCCUGACCCCCACUCACGUCCAUCUUUCUCCAGUAUCCUGGACCAGCUCACGACCAUAGAAGAGUCUGGUUUCUUCGAGAUGCCCAAGGACUCCUUCCACUGCCUGCAGGAUGACUGGAAACAGGAGAUUCAGGAAAUGUUUGACCAACUCAGGGCCAAAGAAAAGGAGCUCCGCACCUGGGAGGAGGAGCUGACCCGGGCUGCGCUCCAACAGAAGAACCAGGAGGAGCUGCUGCGACGCAGGGAGCAGGAGCUGGCUGAGCGGGAGAUUGACAUCCUGGAACGAGAGCUCAACAUCAUCAUCCACCAGUUGUGCCAGGAGAAGCCCCGGGUGAAGAAACGCAAGGGCAAGUUCAGGAAGAGCCGACUGAAGCUCAAGGAUGGAAACCGCAUCAGCCUCCCCUCUGAUUUCCAGCACAAGUUCACGGUGCAAGCCUCCCCAACCAUGGAUAAAAGGAAGAGUCUCCUCAGCAGCCGAUCGAGCCCUCCUGCUAGCCCCACCAUCAUCCCUCGCCUUCGAGCCAUCCAGUGUGAGACAGUGACACCAGGUGAAAGCAGUAAAACCUGGGGCCGGAGCUCAGUUGUCCCAAAAGAGGAAGGGGAGGAGGAGGACAAGAGGCUCCCAAAGAAGAAGGGCCGGACAUGGGGACCAGGAACACUUGGGCAGAAAGAGCUCACCUCAGGAGAUGAAGGAUCCCCUCAGAGACGGGAAAAAACUAAUGGCUUAAGUACCCCGUCAGAGUCUGCACAUUUCCACUUGGGCCUCAAGUCCCUGGUAGAUGGAUACAAACAGUGGUCAUCCAGUGCCCCCAACUUGGGGAAGGGCCCAAGGAAUAGCCCUGCUCUACCUGGGUUCACCAGUCUUAUGGAAAUAGAGGAUGAAGAUGGUGAAGGCCCAGGAAAUGGAGAGAGUCAUCUCCAGCAUUCGCCCAACCAGUCCUACCUCUGUAUCCCAUUUCCUCGUGGAGAGGAUGGGGAUGGUCCUUCCAGUGAUGGAGUUCAUGAGGAGCUCACCCCAGUCAACUCAGCCACCAGUACCCCUCAGCUGACGCCAACCAACAGCCUCAAACGCAGUGGGACCCACCACCGGCGCUGUGAGGUGGCUCUGCUUGGCUGUGGAGCUGUUCUGGCAGCCACAGGCCUAGGGUUUGACUUGUUGGAAGCUGGCAAGUGCCAACUGCUUCCCCCGGAGGAGCCUGAGCCACCAGCCCGAGAAGAGAAGAAAAAGCGUGAGGGUCUUUUCCAAAGGGCCAGCCGCCCUCGUCGGAGUACCAGCCCCCCUUCCCGAAAGCUCUUCAAGAAGGAGGAGCCAAUGAUGUUGCUAGGAGACCCGUCCGCCUCCUUGACACUGCUCUCUCUCUCCUCCAUCUCCGAAUGCAACUCUACCCGCUCCUUGCUGCGCUCUGACAGUGAUGAGAUCGUUGUGUAUGAAAUGCCAGUCAGUCCAGUUGAAGCUCCACCCCUCACCUCGUGCACCCACAACCCUCUCGUUAAUGUCCGAGUGGAGCGCUUCAAGCGAGACCCUAAUCAGUCCCUGACUCCCACCCAUGUCACCCUCACAGCCCCUGCACAGUCAAGUGGUCACAGGCGGACUCCUUCUGAUGGGGCGCUUAAGCCAACAGGAGCCCCCCCAGCACUAGCGAGCCGGAGCCCCUCCAGCAAUGGAAUGAGCCCCAGUCCUGGGACAGGAAUGUUGAAAACUCCCAGUCCCAGCCGAGACCCAGGUGAAUUCCCCCGUCUCCCUGACCCCAAUGUGGUCUUCCCCCCAACUCCAAGGCGCUGGAACACACAAGGGGACUCCACCUUAGAGAGACCCAAGACCCUGGAGUUUCUGCCUCGGCCACGUCCUUCUGCCAACCGGCAGCGGCUGGACCCUUGGUGGUUUGUGUCCCCCAGCCAUGCCCGCAGCACCUCCCCAGCCAACAGCUCCAGCACGGAGACACCCAGCAACCUGGACUCCUGCUUUGCUAGCAGCAGCAGCACCGUAGAAGAGCGGCCUGGACUCCCAGCUCUGCUCCCUCUACAAGCAGGGCCACUGCCCCCCGCUGAGCGGACGCUUCUGGACCUAGAUGCAGAGGGGCAGAGUCAGGAUAGCACGGUGCCCCUGUGCAGAGCAGAACUGAACACGCAUGGGCCUUCCCCCUAUGAGAUCCAGCAGGAGUUCUGGUCUUAGUGUCAGAAGGGUCAGGGUGGGCAAGGGGGACGCCGGAGGAGAUGGAGGGAGCUGGCUGGCACAGCCCUGUCUCGGUUAGGCCCCCUGGGAUCCAGACCUCCUCCUUGCACUGAGAAUGCACUUUGAAGAUGGAAGGGAUGGAGACAGGGCCAGCCACUGCAGAGGGUCUCCUGCCCUGCAGGAUCUUUUCCCCAUGUUCACUGGAGGGGCUGUGUCAGCUCUGGCUGUGUAGGAGAGGGAGGGCUUGUCCCCACCCUCCAGUCUUCCUCAUCUUUAGGGUGACACUGCAGUCAUCAGCCAAAUCUGUCCACUGCCUCUUCUCCUCAGCCAGAGCUGUCCUGGGGUCCCUUUGUCAGCCAUGAGUUCUACUGUCCACACGCUGGUACUGAUGUGCUAUGAUUGGUUCAUUUGGCUUGUCUUCCACUCUUCCCAUGACUCGGUGUCUCCUUUGGUAUCGAUGAGUGUCUUGUGUCCUAAGUCCUUUUGUGCCAGCUGACGGGGACAGGUUGGCCUUAUGAGGGCCAGAGGGCUUGACAGACCUGGAACUGCCUACCUGUGCAAAUCUCUGAGAGCUGAGAGUACAGGGUAGGAGGAUCGAGGAGGCCGUCAGGGGAAGCGGUCAGGGUGGUUAGAAAGGUGCUCGAAUCACUCCUUGGUUUGGAUUGGGUUUGGGUUUUAGAAACAAAAGCAGAAAUCAACACUUAUUGAAUGGCUCUGUCUACCCCCUGGGUUCAGGCCAUGGCUACACCAGGUUUGAAUCUAAGCAUGUUCAUCUCAGGAACAGCUCUUUGGGAGACACACUCACUGAUGCCAGGUCUGAGGUCAGACACAGUGCCUACACGUACCUGUCUAGUUGAGACUCUGUUCUUUCCUCUAGUUCCGGAAUCAGUGGCCUUUAGGUCAUAGGUGAUUCACAGACACAGCUGAAGUGUGUCAGGAAAACAUAUGGGAGUGGGUCCUGGACCUUGGAAUGUGGAACUGUGGGGAUUUCUUCAUUUGGACUUGUGUAUUUUGUGAUGCCCUUGAAGUAAACGGGAUCCCUUAGUAAUAACCUUUGGGUGUUUGGAGGCAGUAGCACGAUACAGUUCUUCAGGCCCUCAGUGGUCCAUUGGUGGGCACCUGAUUGAGGCCACCUUUGUCUCAGCACAGACAGCCCUUGUGCUGGGCCUGCACUGUGAGCUAGACAGCAGAGACCAGCCGGAUGAGGCUAGUGCUGACUUGUUUAGUAUUUGUUUCUUGAACUUGAAUACUAAGCUUCAUCUAAAGAUUUCUCAUGUAUUUCCUUCACUGUCCACUUCCUCUGAGUCCCCUGUGUUGUAUGUUCACUGUGGCCCUUAGGUGACAGUGACAGCCAGACCCCAGUGGUGUUGGAGUCUGUCUUUGCUGCCUAGAUGCCCAGAAGGACUAGGUGCACGUGGGACAGGUGGCAGAUUUUAUCACUGCUCUUCUCUGUAACUGAUAGAAAUCCUGCCCUGGGGAGCACCUAAGAGAGGACAUUGGUUUCCACAAGUUCUUUAUGAGCCCUUUUGCCCUUUGGCCUGACCCUGCAGCCCCCUAGUCUCUGACAAGGAAGCGGUGCUGGUGGUGUCAGCCAGUGUUUUGCUGACUGUCUUGGUUCCGUGAAAUGAGAACGUAAGCGAUUCCCCUUACCCCUGUGCUCUGACUCCUCAGCUAGGAGAGGAGAGCUUGUGAACCUUCUCAGUAGUGUCCCCCAACCCGGUGAUGAUGCUUCGUUCUUGAGGACUAGAUAGUCUGUUGUGUGCCCUUCCCUGGAUCUGUCAAAACCCCUAUUCCUAAGCUACAAAUACAUCUACCCAUCUUGGACGCACUAAGGCUUUGACGCAGACUGCAGCCGACUCCAGCCCAUGCUCCAGCCCCAGGCAGGGUUUUUUCCCUGUCCGUGUUUGAAUGUGGCCAGCUUUCUGGGAAAGACAUAGUGUUACAGAUGCAGUGUACACUGCAUGACAGUGACCUGCCAUUGAGUGGCAGGUGGACUCUAGUUCUUACUUGCCCACCCAGCAUUCAGACAGAAGAAGGCCUUACUAAAGAAAUGAUUGUACCUGAGAGAAGAGAAGGCGGGCUUGGGAGUAUGCAUUAGGAUGUGUACGUGGUGAGGGUGAUUUCCUCUUCAGCUCCGUGCGAGCCUAGAGAUGGGAUGCACGUUAAGGAAGUCACAGUUUAUGUGACUUAGGUUCCCUCCAUCUGUGGUCAUGGUUAGGAACAGGCCUGGUAGCUGUGAAUAAACCCACUUGAGUGACAAUAGCCAGCUUCUCCCUUUUCUUUCACCACCCUUUCCUCAAAGACUUGCCUUCUGCUUAGAGCAGAAUCGUUAUCUUGGGGCUGCUAACAGCAUCAGGGACUGUUCUUUGCCGUGUCUCCUCCUCACUUCCCAGAGCGCCUGCGUUACCCUUACAGCUAUUUCUAGGAAGCGUAGUGGAUGCUCCUGACAUCCUGUGAUUGGGUAGGCAUCGUAGUAACAAUAGCCUGCCUUUGGACAGCUCAGAACAGGGCUAGCUUUUUCUUCUGACAUUUACAGAAUGACAUCGUUUUCCUUCACAUUCGAUACAUUUGUCUCAAAAACACAGACAGACAGACAGACUCUGAAUGAUUGAGUCUGGCCCCCAGGCCCUGAGACAGCACAAGUUGGCCCUGCUCUCCUGUUCUGCUUUUCUUGCAUGACUUCAGUCCAGUGUCUUGACCCCUGUCAGGUUUCCUUGUAAAACCCUUCACCAUAUCCUUCCCUUGUGAGGGUGUGAUAUGCUGUGGCUCCCUGCCAACAGCGUCUUCCCUUGCCAGCUGAAUGCUGAAGCCAGCACUGUGGUUCUCACCACCUUCACCUCAGGGCGUCUUCCCUUUGCUUUAGCCUUUGGCUUCUGGAAGAGGAGUGAUUUGGGGUUGGCUUAGCACGGCAUAUGCUCUUCCACCAGAUUAUGUAGCCCAGGUGACAAGAGCAUCAUUUAUUUUCCAAUUCCCUUCUCUUCUUAACCUGGUCAUCUGGGUGUCCUUACCGUUUGUGUUUUAUUGAGGAGAUGGGAGCUUGGUGGCAGCUUGCUGUCUCUGCUUUUUUAGGCUCAUCCCUAGGGUCAGAUUUGAUAAGAGUCUGAAAUCAAACCAGAUCUGGAAGAAUCUUUGGGAAAGUGGCUCCUAGUCCAUGGGACAUCAUGCGCCAAAGUAUGAUGCUCCUCACAAAGCCCCUUGACCCUCAGGCUGUUGCUCAGGGACACAGAUAUUGUGGGCUGUGUAGACUUGCCCCUUUCUCCAAGCUUUUGCCUCCACCCACCCCCAUGUUGUGUACACUAAUUGCCCCAUGAGAAGGGCCAUUCUUUUUUCUUUUCGUUUUUUCUUUCUUUUGUUUUUAUUUUUGUUUGAG